UGAGGCGGCCUUGAACAUCUUCUCUGUCUCGCUUUACGCAGUUGCAUAGUCGUCCGAUGAUGAUAUAUCAUCUCGAAGGCAAUGCUUAUACAUGCAGCUUAAUUCAAUGAUAUCUUAUGCUUAUACCACUACUCGUCGAGCCUUGAAAAGUAGGCAAGCACGGCAGGUACUCGAGCUACCCGCAACCAUACUUGCGGUAUCACUUGCGGUGUUACUACUACACGUCACCUUGGUAUUUAAAUCUGAGAUACUGUUUUAAGAAUUGCCGUUGAGGUCAGUGAGUGCAGUCCUAUGCAUCAUCCUCACUGC